AUGGCGAGGGGGAAGAUAAGCAAGGAAGAUGUUGUAGAGAAGCUUAAGGACGACGGCGAUUUCGACCUUCUCCGUCUCAACAUCAUACGCCGCCUCAAAGAUAACGAGGAGUUACGAAACAAGAUGAUAUCUCUUGUCAAGGAGUCAGCAGCUUUGAAUCGACCGAGUGCUCAAACUAUGAAACCCAGGCAACUCUCUGAUGCGAUAUUCGAAGAUGUCGGAUAUAUUAAAAAGGGAAUUUGUAGGAGCAAGAUGUUGAGCCAGCUCUCGGAUGGGUUGUGGGGGCUAAUAAGAUCAGAAGACGGGAUGAAGGGCGAGAUCAGAGAAACCGUGCAAUCCGUCUAUGCUACAUUAUCCACUAGAGAAGCGGGACGUAAGAUGCCAGCACCGGUCUCUAAAGGUGAAACCUCCUCGUCUUUUCCUUCUUCCUCUUUUGAUUCGAAAUUCUUAGUUUGA